UUAAUAUUCGCACACUUCGAAUACUGUUUAAGAACAUUAUGGUUGAAAUGUUCGAUAUCGCAUAAUCAUAAGCAUUUGUUCCCCGUGUGUUGUGACGUCACAGGCAUAGUCUUCUGUCAUUGCUCAUUUAUCGGAAAGCGAAUUUAUCGUACGGUUUUCGUUUUUUAUCGUCGUAUUUGCACGCUCGCAUAAUGACCGUCCGAAGUAAGGAAAUUGAUUUAAAGCACGUAGAGUUCGAUACCAGUGAUGGCGUCGAGGUAUUGUCUACGUUCGACGACAUGAACCUCCGGGAAGACCUCGUUCGCGGUAUAUACGCGUACGGAUUUGAACGGCCUUCGGCCGUCCAACAGCGUGCCAUUAUGCCGAUAGUCAAAGGACGCGACGUUAUAGCCCAAGCCCAGUCGGGUACUGGCAAGACAGCUACAAUUUCAAUCGCUAUGUUGCAAUCCAUUGACAUUGAGCUCAGAGACACGCAAGUAUUAUGUCUUUCGCCAACUCGUGAGUUGGCAAUACAAACUCGAAAGGUAGUUUUAGCAUUAGGAGAUUAUUUAAACGUUCAAUGUCAUGCUUGUAUUGGUGGUACCAAUCUCGGUGAAGAUUUGAGAAAAUUAGAUUUCGGUCAACACAUUGUUUCUGGAACUCCUGGACGUGUGUUUGAUAUGAUAAGACGUAAAGCAUUGCGUACACGUAACAUUAAAAUGUUAGUGUUAGAUGAAGCAGAUGAAAUGCUGAAUCAAGGAUUCAAAAAACAAAUAUAUGAUGUAUAUCGCUUUUUGCCACCUGCUACUCAGGUUAUCUUAGUAUCUGCCACAUUGCCACAUGAAAUAUUAGAAAUUACCAAUAAGUUCAUGACCAAUCCUUUUAGGAUAAUAGUUAAACGUGAUGAAUUGACUCUUGAAGAUAUAAAACAAUUCUUUGUAGCAGUUGAACAUGAGGAAUGGAAAUUUGAUACAUUGUGUGACUUGUAUGAUACUCUAACAAUAACUAAAGCAAUCAUUUUUUGUUGUACAAAAAGAAAGGUGGACUGGCUUACUGAAAAGAUGAGGGAAGCUAACUUCACAGUCAGUUCGAUGCAUGGAGAUAUGCCACAAAAAGAGAGAGAUGUUAUAAUGAAGGAAUUUCAUGCUGGACAAACAAGAGUCUUAAUCACUACAGACAUUUUGGCUCGUGGUAUUGAUGUUCAAGAAGUUUCAUUGGUCAUAAAUUAUGAUUUACCCAUCAAUCGUGAACUUUAUUUACAUAGAAUUGGCCGUUCUGGAAGAUUUGGUCGCAAAGGUGUGGCAAUUAAUUUUGUAAAGAUGGAAGAUGUUAAAAUCUUACGUGAUAUUGAACAGUAUUAUUCAACACAGAUAGAUGAAAUGCCAAUGAAUGUGGCUGACUUGAUUUGAAUGUGCAAAACCCAGACUAUUUUAUAACAUUACUUAAUUUUUUUUUUAAAUUAUUACUAUCGCCUAAUACGUAAUGAUACAUUUUUCAGUAAUGAAAAAUAGUUAACAAGACAACAUUUAU